AAACGUGUCUCCCAGGAUCUGAAUGACCUGAUGGAUGUGAAGGGAAAAGCGUGAAUCCAGCAGGACUGUUUAUAGAUUAUUGUGAAACUACAAACUUCUGGAUUAGUACAGCUCGUGCUCACUGUUUGUCGAGCAGAGUCUGUAAAAGCACAACGAGGAUAAAGUCGAAAAUAAUAAUUAAUAUAUGUAACGAAUGUUUUUAGACAGUCUGACCUCUUCGAGUUUUUUCGCGUUUCCAGUAACGAAGACUACAGACCUUCCUGCUUGCGCGGCCAUGAUGAGCGACACACGGACUUCUAUCAGAGCUGGACCGAGCACUUCCGGCUAAGCAGCGGCCAAUAAAAUCACAUCAGGGAGCUCCAGCGAAUCACCGGAUAGUUUGUAGCUCCGCCUACAAAGACCCCACCAAUCAGUGAGUGGUACAUCGAACAAAGUUAUCCGGAGUGAAAAGUCAGUGCGAAGUGCCAUGUGGAGAAAAUAACAGGAAAAUAACAAAACACAGGUUGUGACACAGUAAAGAGAAACUUGUUAGUGGAGAAUGAGUCUUUUACCUCGCACCGCGGAGGAGUUCAGCUCUGCUGAGUACUGGGAGAGGUUCUUCAAGAAGAGAGGGGACAAGGCCUUUGAGUGGUAUGGAGACUACAACACACUGUGCGGGGUCCUGCACAAAUACAUCAAAGUACAAGAUCAGGUGUUGGUGGUCGGUUGUGGUAACUCUGAGCUGAGUGAACAGCUUUAUGAUGUCGGCUACAAACAUCUGACUAACAUUGACAUCAGUGAGACAGUGGUGACUCAUAUGAACCAGCGAAAUGCAGAGCGCAGGCCAGGACUGACCUUCCAGCAGGUGGAUGCUACACAAACCCCGUAUGAGGACGCCUGCUACCAGGCUGCUCUGGACAAAGGGACGCUGGAUGCCAUGGCCUCCGAGGAGGAAGGAGCUCUGGCCAGGAACAUGCUCACCGAGGUGGGCCGCGUGCUAAGUGUCGGAGGCCGGUAUGUCUGUGUGACGUUGGCUCAGGAGAGUGUGAUCAAGUUGGCCGUGGAGCACUUUGUACAGCUGGGGUGGGCUGUGAGGCUCCACUGCCUGCAGGGGGAUAGUGGAAAAGAAGAGGACUCGUUCUCUCUGCCCGUCUUUGUUCUGGUCUGCACCAAAUUUCGACAGCCGAUGCCAAUACCCAUCCUGGAGAUGUGUCUCGGGGAGGAUGGAGCCCCAACGCGUCUCACGCAGGUUUCUGAGUUGUUGUCAGCGGUUAGGGAGCACCAGGCUUACUCUGUGUUGAGAAAAAAGCUCCGUACAGGCACAGACGCCAGCUCCAACCUGUCACUCACUCUCUGCCACACCAAAUCUGGCCUUCCCAGAUACACACUCACAGUUCAAGAUUGUUCCCCAGGAGCCAAGGUGCCAAGAUCAAACCAUUUUGCUAUAUUUAUUGUGCCUCAAGGCAGCGAGACAGCUUGGCUCUACUGCUCCAGCGAGGGGCAAAAGCAGCUGGCAGCCAGUGCUAACUUUCGACGCCUGGUUAUUGUGGCAAUGCACAGGAAUCAGGAAUACACAGACAUGCAAGCUGUCCAAGCAGAACUCUCACCAAUGGUGAUGGACCUUGCUCCUCCGGGUAUGCCAGCCAAUCAGCAGGUGCCGUUUCUGUCGGUAGGAGGAGACCUGGGCUGGCGAGAGGAGGUCAGCAGGGGAGUGAGCGAGCUGAGCGGAGAGUACUGUGUGGAGAAUGUCAAAGGAGAAGACGGAGAGCUGUAUCGCAGGCUUGUCUUUCUGUCUAAUUCCGCCCUCGUCCAAUCAGAAAGCCGCCUCGUUUCCUCAAAGACCACCUCAAGUCAGAAGAAGAGGAACAAAAAGAAAACCAAGCCAGCUGCUCCUCCAACAACGUCCUCAUCCUCUCUGUCAGUGGACAGUGGCUUCCUCUGCUGCGCUCACCAUGAGGUCAUGGUGGCCGGCCUCACCGUGCUCGGGGUGGGCGCGCCAGAGAGCAAAGACGUCCCAGUGUCGGUGCUCCUGGUGGGUCUCGGUGGAGGAGGUCUGCCUCAGUUCCUGCGGGACUUUGUGCCCAAUGUCACCGUUGAGGUUGUGGAAUUAGAUGCAGUUGUGCUGGAAGUGGCGAAGGAAUGGUUCGGAUUCAGACCGGACGAACGUUUGACGGUCACGCUCGGGGACGGCCUCGAUCGCAUCUGUGCCCUCGAGAAGGAAGGUGGAGGUUUGUUUGACGUCAUCAUGUUUGAUGUAGACAAUAAAGAUAGCACUGUGGGUAUGAGCUGUCCGCCUGGUGCCUUUGUGGAAACCUCCAUCCUGCAGAAGGUCUGCAGCCUGCUGACGCCCAGAGGCAUAUUCAUGUUGAAUCUCGUGUGUCGUGACUCGGCCUUGAGGAACAGCGUGCUGCAGCGUCUCAGCACCUUGUUCCCCAGUAUUCUCUCUCGAAAGAUUGAAGGGGAGGUCAACGAAGUCCUUCUGUGCUCUUGUGGAGGAAACGCGGCAUCGGACGGCGCCCGCAUCCCUCAGUCCCUGAACCAGGCUGCCAAGAAUUUGCAGAGCGCCCUGAGCUCGAACGGCAGCAGCGACCACAAGGCACAUAUAGACAUUGCAGAGCUGCUAAAAGACCUUAAAGUAGAAUAACGUUUGUUUGUAUCAAUAUGGUGAAUGGGAUGAAAUAUGGGAAAAAGUACUUUGUCUUUGCCAACUGUAAAGUAAUAUGAUGUAUAACAUCAACAUGCAAUUACAAGUAAAGAAUGUUUUAUCUUGACAUCUUAUUGUGGUGCUUCUACAAAAAAUGAAUUCACGUUAUUGUUGUUUUUAUUAUGUAUCUAUAUAACUAUAGUUUCUCUUCCAAGUUACUAGUAGUUGUCAGUACAGAACAUGGUUCUUGCUCUUUGACUCAUUGCGCUAGAAUGAAGCAGCUCAGAUCAGUCUGGGUACUUUCAGAAUGGGCCAUGAGUUUGUCUGUGUUCUAUCAAGGGCACAGAACAUGGCCAAAAUAAAAAGUAUGUAUAUGCAGGAAUAGAUAAGUCAAUUCAUUAAUAGAUUUAAAAAACGCAUACAGUUUGCUGAGGGAAAAGGUUAUGUAUGUAAUUCUAUCUUUUUAUCUAUUCCCACAAUUGUGCAUUAAUAUAUAUAAUGAAUAUGUACUUGUACUAUUAUUUAUUACUAUAAAUACUAUAAUAAUGUA